AUGUUAUUGCAGAAGAAAGAGAGCAGAAAGAAAAACAGCGACCGCAACAGCAACAACAGCGGCAGCAGCAAGACGCCUCAAUCGCAGCGUCAACCGCAGGAACAAGUGCAACAGAAACAGGAACAAGUGCAGCCACAACAAAAAGAGCCGGGUCAUUUACAGCAGCAAGUCCGUCAGAAGAUAGAGAAGGACAGGGAGCAACGAAAGCUUCAGCAAGAACAACAGCUAUUGCAGCGUAAACUGGAACUGGAAGAGCAAUUACGACGCAAGCUGGAGCGAGAUGAAGAGGCAUUGCAGCGAAAACUGGAACAAGAAGAAAAACCGUUGCCACAGAAGAUGGAACAUGAAACACGAAGGAAAUUAGAAAAAGACAAAGAGGAACAGCAGCAAAUUAUGCGGUUGAAAAAGGAAACGGAGCAGCUGAAGAAAGAAGAAAUGAAACGUUCGCCGAAAGCCGAACAGCGUGUGCAGCAACAGAAAAAGGUUGACGAUAAGCAACCGCAACUGCCAAAGGCAGACGAACAACCGGAACUGCAACAGAAACGUAAACAGCUGCAAGAACCGCUGGAUAAAAAUGAGCGAGCGAAACUGCGCAAGCAAGGUGAGAAAAUGGAGGUAUCGCGUCAAGAGUCACUUGUGCAACAGCAAAAGAUGGAAAUAACAGUGCAAGAAGAUCAAGAGGCACAGCGUCGGAAGGAGAAGCCGCAGUUGCCACAGCCUGGGGAAUCGCAGCAGCAGCAGCAGCAGCAGCCGCAGCCGCAGCCGCACCAAGAACAGUCGGGAAUUCGGCCACUCGAAGGAGUCAGUGGACUUUACAUUAGGAUAGUGCUGAGACACGAAGGUCGCGCGAAUCUAGUCUGGCUAUACAAAACACACAUAUUCUAA